AUGUCCCAGCAGCAGCCCAUGGAGAGCCUGGCAUCCUUCCUGGUUGGAUCAUAUACCUGUGAGGUCCUGUGGCACAGGGAUCGGGGACAAGCAGGUCAGAUCAGGGCCUACAGCCCCACGCCACGGACCGGCAUCUCCUCCGACAGGCCGCUCAUCGCACCUCGGCUCUCCCCGCGGCCGCCAGCUGAGCAGACACCGACGGCGCCGGGCCCCUCGGGAUGGUGCGGACAGUGCCCGUGCCCAGACACCUGCACCGGGACCCUGGAGCUGCCCCCGCCCCGCUCGGUGCGCUCCGGUCCCCCGGCGCUGUGCGCUCCCGACGGCCGCGGACAGCGGAGCCCCGACGGCGCUGGGGACGGGGACGAGCGGAGGGGGCGGGCGAGGGUGACCGCCGAGAGCCGGCUGCUGCCGGGCCCCCCGCCGCUGCCCCCGCCGCUGAAGGCGGACGCGGCGCCGCCAGGAGAGGAGGAGGCGGCGGCGGUGGCGGGGUCGCGGGGCGGGCGGCGGCGCCGCAAGCGUCCGGCGGAGCGGGGCAAGCCGCCGUACAGCUACAUCGCUCUCAUCGCCAUGGCCAUCGGGCAGGCGCCCGAGCGGCGACUGACGCUGGGCGGCAUCUACCGCUUCAUCACCGAGCGCUUCCCCUUCUACCGCGACAGCCCCCGCAAGUGGCAGAACAGCAUCCGCCACAACCUCACGCUCAAUGACUGCUUCGUCAAGGUGCCACGGGAGCCCGGCCGCCCCGGCAAGGGCAACUACUGGACGCUGGACCCGCACGCCCGCGAUAUGUUCGAGAGCGGGUCUUUCCUCCGCCGCAGAAAACGCUUCAAGCGCAGCGACCUCUCCACCUACCCGGCUUUCCUCGCCGAGCACCCCGACGCUCCGUGCCGCCUCCUCCCACUGCCCGCCCCGCCGCCCCCCGCCGACCUGCCCCCGGCUCCCGCCGCCUCCUGCGCCUUCGCCGCCGCCUUCCCCGCACAGGGCUGCGCCUCCGCCACCCUGCCCCACGCCUACGGCCCGCUGCCCACCGCCCCCGGGCCCUACGCGCCGGGAGGUCACGGACCGCUGUACGCGCCGUCGGGGCGCAUCGUGCUGCCCGCCUCGCCGCCCGCCCCCGCCGGGGUCUACGGCCGCCGCUCCCCCGCGCCUUACCCGCCCCUGCCCCACGGCUACGGCGCCGCAGGACACCUGGGCACCGCAGAGCCCGGACCCCGGCACGGCGCCUAUCCCGGCGGCCCCGACAGGUUCGUCCCGGCGCUCUGA